AUGCAUUUCCUUCGCACCUUCAUUUUUCAAAUAUGGUUGUUUUUGGACAUCCUCACCAGUGGAUGUGCUGCAGUCUUGGAGCCAAAAUUCUUCUCUCACCAAGCAAAUUUCCGGACCUUGAAAGCAGCGACAGUCUAUUCAGACAUACUCAAAAGGACCAAUGAUCUCAACCCUGUCCACAGCGCUGAAUUGGUUUAUGCAGAUGAUGAAAAUCACAAUGGCCAACAACCGAUCUUCUCAUCCACGCUCCGGGUCGAAUCACACACGCCAUUCAUUGUGCUUGAGCACAUCGAACACCUCUUGACGGACAUUCAAUGCUCCAAGACAGUUCUCACCAUAACUUUCCAUAGUAGAGCCGAUUUCGACGUUGCACAGCAGUCUUGGAUGGACUUGGAGAGCGGCCACAUUAUUGCCACCGAUGCUGGAUGUGGAUAUGCCGAAGAAGGCGCCCGGGUACCCUUUCAAAUUAACUCGGCCACCUUUAUCAACGACAGCAAAACCGUCAUCUUCUCGAUCGAAGAAAAUGAAUGGCAUCAAGCAUUCCACCAUAUUAACCUCAGUUUCAACCACUCGCCAGAACUCCAUUCAUUCCACCGUCCUCGAUAUCACAAAUUGAACCGUCGACAAGAGCAAGAGUCCUCCGAAUCUCCAUCGCCCACAUCCAGCCCACUCGAGUUGACUGCAACCAGCCUGAUCCCCUCCGACACCGCAACUGCCACCGCAACAUCCUUAUCCAUCGACCUUUCUCACGGCGUGCAAGAUGUUUGGUUCCCGACCUCCCUCCCCGGUGGCGUCCAACCACUUCCAUCCCUCCCCAUUGCGAUCGGAUGCAAACAGUGCAGCACGGCCGGGACCCUGACCCUCGCACAGGGGGAAUGGGAUCUUCUCGAUGUUGAGGACUGGACCGACGUCGACAAUUUCACCGAUAUUAUUAGCCUAGGCUACGUACAGUUGGUUAUAGAAGAUCUCGUUGCGCAUGUCGAGCUGCAAAUCUCACCGGCGCUGGAGGGCGAGAUGUCGUUGCCGCUGUUUAGUAUCCCUGUCUUUGGAUUUGCGAUACCCAGAAUCGGCGCCGGCGGAAUCCUCGUUGAACCAACAUUAUCGUUGUCAUGGGAGCUCUCGGGCGGGAUUGAGAUGUCUUACGGUUUUGAAUUGAACCCCGAUGCUGAUACUUCGAUACUUCACGCGCAGAUCCCCGAUCUAAAUAUCUCCCUCAAUUUCGCAGAUCCUGCCUCAUCGACUGUGACUGGUCUAGAUGACGUAUCCCUCACCGAUGUGCCUUUCCAAGCCAACAUCUCCGACAUCUCAUUAACCCUCGACCUCAGCUUAACCCCCCAUAUCACGCUCGGCAUGGAAAUGUUCGACCUCCUCUUCGCCGAAGUUGGCACGUACCUCGACCUGCCUAAGACGACCGUGACCAUCACGCAACUCGCGACCGACACCGUGAAUGCGCAAUGCGACAAUCGUUCCGACGACGCACCCCUUCCUGCCCACGAAGCCGACUUCGAGGACCUGUUCCACAAUCUCACCCACGUUGCUGGGGGGUUUGAACUUGGCGUCGGUGUGGAUAUGCGUGCUGGCGUUGAUGGUUUGCCAAGAUUGGACUUCUCCAGUGCGUGGCCGCUUGCGACGGUGCCGGUUGCGGCCCUGCCGACGAAAUGUUUAGCGUUUCAGACCGAUGCACCAUCCGGACCAGGAUUUACGCCCGCGGUGUCCGCGCUGGCGGAGGUACAGGCUCAGGCGGAUGAGCAGACACAGGGCUCAAAUGGUGCCGAGGGAUCUGGAUCGAGCGGGAAUGGGAAUGGGAAUGAGUCGAGCGAAGAGAAUGGCGCAUCCCAUAAUGGGUUCGUUGCCUUCGAGUCCGUUCAGAGGAAGAUUUGCUUUUGCGUAUUCUUCCUCGUUGCCGGGCUCUUUGUGAGUCUGUAA